AUGGCGGUGAACAACAGAAAAUCAGAGCAAGAGGCGUCGGCACAUGCUGGUGAUUGCAUGAUCAUCUCCAAGAGAUCACUGAAGCUAUUGGGUGUGAUGCUUGACGACAAGCUCAGUUUCGGCAAGCACGUUGAAUAUGCCUGUAAACGUGCUUCAAUGGCAAUUGAGGCGCUCUCGCGAAUGAUGGUCAAUAGCUCGCCGGUGUGUUCUAGCAAACGCAGGUUACUGGCAGCAGUGGCAGUUUCGAUCCACAGGUACGGUAGCUCGGUAUGGGCGUCGGCACUCCGGGUGGAACGCAACGCAAAAUUGUUGGCGAGCACGCACAGACUGAUGUGUCUUCGUGUGAUCAGUGCGUACCGUACGGUAUCUGGAGACGCAGCCUGCGUGGUGGCGUGCAUGAUGCCUAUUGGACUGCUCAUCAAGGAGGACGCGGAAUGUUACGAUAUGCGGAGGGACAGGAACGCCCGUAGGACUGCCAACGCAUCCUCCCUACGCGAGUGA